AAUUCUCCUCGUAAUUACAACCGAGGAAAAUAAAAAUGGGCGAAGAGAAAUCAAAGGCUAAAGAUACAGUGCGAUUAGCUUCACAAGAGCUUUCCAGUGAAUUCAAAACCCUAGUUGAUUCUCAAGACUUGGAUUCUCUCAAGCAAUUACAGAACUUAAUAUUGGGGAGGUUGCAGGACAGCAAUGCAGUACUUUCACAUUUUAAUGAGUAUUCAGAACAAUGCUUUUCUGAAAUUUCAAGUGAUAUGUCCAAAAAUACACGUCUUCUGAAGUCAAUGAAGUCUGACCUUGAUUACAUAUUUCAGAAACUGAGGAGCAUGAAGGCAAAGAUUGUAGCUACCUACCCGGAUGCGUUUCCAGAUGAUUCGGCAACAAGAGCACUGGACAGACGACCUGACCUUGAAAUGCCUCAAUGACAGGUUACCUGGCAAAUCUUCAAACUAGUCAAUGUGGAAAAUUAUAAGUAUAAGGUGUCACGCCUACACUUUUGUAGUUUCUGUAACUAAUUUUUUAUUUCAUUUGUAAGACAACAUCAUAGACAACAUUAUUGGACUUGCUCUGAUCGGAUACUGGGACCGGGAAAAUAAUGACUAGUAUGUUGCAUACCAAUUGGCAGCAUUGCUUUA